ACGAGCGCCGUGGCGCCCACGAGAUUAUAAAACAAAACGUUGGGAAUGGGCAGAAAUUACAAGGUGUUUCGAAACACGAAUAAAAUGAAAUUAAAAUGAUGAAUUUUUAAAACUCUGCAUCGUUUAAUCACAUUCGAAACCUCGUAACUCUGCUAUAAGAAGUCUUGGGAUACGUUUGUAUUUUUUAAAUAGAAUUUCAAUUUAUAAGAAUUGGUGUUCAUCGGCGUUCAUUGGUGUAUGUUUCUAUUAAUGUAUGUAAAAAAAAAUGCGUCAGCUUUAAUCGCACGAAAUAUAGUUAUCGAGUGGGUGUGAGGCGAAUACGCUUAUUGUCAAGGAAUAAUGAUAACGAGGUAAUCCGACCAUAUAUGGAGAGAAUUCCUCAGAAAUGCAUGAAUAUGCAUUUCUAAAAGACAAGUGCGUUUUAGUUAUGUACAAUGUGGAGUGUUUUAUAUAAAUAUUUUUAUAUAUUUUGGGCCACAUUUUUGCAUAUGUUGAUUUUGUUAAAUAACUUUUGUAUAAUGUAUCUUCCUAAUUAUGCCAUAAAUAUCAAUCAUUGAUAAGUGACUUUACAAAAAUGCAUUUUUCUAUACCAGAUACGCAAGAAUUUAUCGAUACAGCUGGUAAUACAUAUGUGGGUUAUAACAUUCAUAUAAAUGGAUUGUUCCAUUGUACAGUGAGGUAUAAACAGCUGCACAAUCUUCACGAACAGUUGACAAAGGAUCUGGAUGUACCUAUUCAGUCAUUUCCACCAAAAAAGUUUUUUCCUUUAACGGUAAGCCAGCAAGAAGAGCGCCGUCUAGCUUUGGAAAAAUAUAUUCAGUCGAUAGGACAAAAUGUUGUGGUCAACGAUUCAGGGGUACUGAAUGCAUUCUUGUUAAAUGCUCAGCAAGAAACUAUAGGUGGACUAUCCAAAAAUGAAUUCGUGGACAUUUUUCUCAUGAAUGGCUGUAAGAUAACAAUAAAUAUUUCCACAGGAGAUCAUUCUGGAAUUGUUUUAAAGAAAGUCUACAAACAUCUUAAACUACUAGAACAAUAUCAUUUGUAUUUUGCAUUGUUCAUUGUUGCUCAAGAUGAAGGUAAUAGUGUCUACUUAUUACGAAAAUUACAAGAUUUUGAAUCUCCGUUUAUAACGAACAAACAUAUACACACUAUUGGUAGUAGGAUUGUGCUAGGAAAGAAUUACUGGGAUGUAGGAUAUGAUCUUGAACUAAUGAAUAAUGCAGUAGCAAUGAAUUUAUUAUAUAUUCAAGCAGUUGCAGAAAUUCAAAGAGGUUGGAUUCUUGUUGCAGAUGAAUUGAAAGAUCAUCUGACUACUUUAAAGAAUCAUGGGAAGAAAAAAGAAUAUCUGGAUAUAGCGCGUACUUUAAAGUAUUAUGGGUACAUUCAGUUUGCUCCAUGUUCUUGUGAUUAUCCACAAUCAGAUUCAAAAGUACUGGUUGCUAUAGGUAAAAAUGAAUUAAAUUUGCGUACAUUAUCAGACGAACAACAAAGUGAAGAAAUGUUCAAAGUUUCUCGAAUGCGUUGCUGGCGAAUUACGACUGUACAAAGUAGUCUCGAAAGGUGCAACGAAAGUGAUGACUUUAGCUUGGAAUUAUCUUUUGAAUACUUAAUAGCUAAGAAUCAGCUACAAUGGAUUACAAUUACUUCGGAUCAAGCUAUUUUAAUGUCCGUGUGCUUGCAAGCUAUGAUCGAUGAAUUACUAUUAAAGAAUGCAAGUGGCAGUAGAGCUCAGGAUUUAUCCAGGAAACCUUGGACAUAUGUUAUGAGAGAUGGACAGAGUGUUUCAAUGGGAUCAAGUUCUGAUGAACAAUCUGAAGAGAAUAAAAAAGAUGAUUGUAUCAAGCAGCCUACUAAAUCGGAACCGAUUAUGAAAAGACUUGCGGAUAGACUAUCAGUGGUAAGAAUAAAAAAGUCCAAUAACGUUAAAGAUAGCGCAAAUGGUAACUUUCAAAAGAAACAUAUAUCGGAAUGUGAUAUUAUGGAAAAUAAUGCAUUUAACAUGAUCGGUGAUGACGAUUUAUGAAUAUACGAAAAUAAUGUGAUAAGACGGUGAUAAGGUAUGCCUUAUAAAUAUUUAAAUAGUUUUAUAAAGCUUUUCAAAUGAUAUUAAUAUAUUUUUGAUGACGCGCAAUCAAGUGAUAUAAAUUUAGAAAAUUCGAAGGAUACAUUUUUUAUUUAUAUACUAAUGACACAACAAUUUUAUGUGUAGUUUUGAGAUGGUUAUGCUACUUUUAAUGAUAAUAAAGUACAUAAAAACUACAAGCUUUAAGUGCUCGAUAAAAUUGUAACAAUUUUGUUUGUACAAAUAUUAU